AUGGCUUCUUCAUCAUCGUCCAAUGUUGUCGGCGUUCACUAUCGCGUAGGGAAGAAAAUCGGAGAGGGUUCUUUCGGUGUGAUCUUUGAGGGAACAAAUUUACUCAAUAAUCAACAAGUUGCUAUCAAAUUCGAGCCUCGAAAGAGUGACGCUCCACAAUUGCGAGAUGAAUAUCGAACUUACAAGAUUCUCGUCGGCUGCCCUGGUAUUCCUAAUGUCUAUUACUUUGGUCAAGAAGGCCUUCACAACAUCCUGGUUAUUGAUCUCCUUGGUCCAUCGUUGGAAGAUUUAUUCGAUCACUGCAAUAGAAGAUUCUCGACCAAGACUGUGGUUAUGGUAGCAAAGCAAAUGCUCUCGAGGGUACAAACAAUUCACGAGAAGAACUUGAUCUAUCGGGAUAUCAAACCUGACAACUUCUUAAUUGGUCGACCGAAUACAAAAGCCGCAAAUGUCAUUCACGUCGUCGAUUUUGGAAUGGCAAAACAAUACCGGGAUCCUAAGACAAAACAGCACAUUCCAUAUCGCGAGCGAAAGUCAUUGUCUGGUACUGCACGAUACAUGAGUAUCAACACGCAUUUAGGGAGGGAACAAUCAAGAAGAGAUGAUCUUGAAGCGUUAGGUCACGUUUUCAUGUAUUUCUUACGAGGUGGUUUACCAUGGCAAGGAUUGAAGGCUGCUACCAACAAGCAAAAGUACGAGAAGAUUGGUGAGAAGAAACAGACAACCGCCAUCAAGGAUCUUUGUGAUGGUUUCCCGGAAGAAUUCAACCAAUACUUGAGCUACGUAAGGAAUUUAGGUUUCGAGGACACACCAGAUUACGAUUACUUGCGGGACCUCUUCACUCAGGCAUUGAAGAACUCCGGUGAGGUUGAAGACGGAGAGUACGAUUGGAUGAAGUUGAACAACGGCAAGGGAUGGGAAGCCAUGAAGCAGCAUCCAUCUCAACACAUGUUACAUCAACCAAAUGCAGUGCCAGGAGCAUCGCAAAGAGAAUUACAUGGAACUACUCGAGGAGGAAAUACCACACAGGGUCACCUCACUGCUGCUCGUUUAAACGCUGCACAACCCCCGCCACCGUCUCCAGUGAAGCCAGGGAUGGGCAAGUCGCGCGACAGGCCAAACGCCCCAGGCGCCUUGGCUCCGAAACGCAACAGUGGAGGAGCGGCCGGAGCACUUCAGGAUGUAUCGACACCAGCAGGCUCGACUCAAGCACAAUUCCAAAACAGCUCAAACAAUCUACCUCAGAGGAUGAGCGCAGCACAACAAUCGUCACCAUUGAACCAAAAUGGGAGAGCAUCAGAACAACCACAACCAACAGUAAUGCAAAAGAUCAUGAAAGUAUUGUGCUGCGGCUGA